ACAGUACAGCGCGAUUGUGGAGCCUCGAGAAUGGCCAGUCCAUCAGUUCACCCCUUCAGCAUCCACAGUCCAUCAACAGUAGUGGACUUCGUAUCGAUUUCGGCAGAUGGAAAGCUGCUAGCAACUGUUUGCUAUGACCACAACGCGUACACAUGGAAUGUUGCUGUGAAUUCUUAGAGAGGCUGGCCUCGACGACCUUCUGUUGGACCCAGAUGCGUUUCUCGAUGUAUGCACACGUUUAUAAACAUCAUCUAUUCGUGUUUACACUUCACCUUAUGCUGAUGCUACACGACGUCCUGUACAACGACCCCAGGAUGCUCAUCGAGUACCCCGGGGUUUUUUCGACAAUCAACGAGAUUGUGCUGACGUACGUUGUUAGCGUCACAUCGAGUUUUUUCCUGACCGUCAUCUCAGUUCUCUGCACGACGCCAUCUCUCCCGCUCCUCCGCACUCCGCCAUUUGUCGGAUGGAAGCUCUCUUAUUGGCCGCUUUUCAUUGUUCUGCCACACCCAAUCUGCCCAUCCCGAUACAUCCCUGUCGACUGGGCUCGAAACAUUUUUCCUGGGACACGGUGCAGACAGAAUGGUGAAGGAAUCGAUAGCCAAACAUUUGUCGACGUCCUGUAUGCGCAGGGCCAACGUGUAUGCUGCUUUCAUGCUUCCCUAAUGUUUCAACUCCACCUGAUAUCAUACAGAGAAAUGCUUGCGCGAGAGAGAAACGGAGGCCUAAUCUGCUGAACUCCAAAAACACUGCUGCAGGCAGCUCACGACCUUCCAAUAGCAAUCCAGCAGCGCAGCUCAGGCCCAGUCAUCUUCGCAACCACAAGCUGUCGUCUUGGUAUCGUCCACAGCACCUGCCGUUGCCAUCACUUCCGCAGCUACGACGUCGCGCCCUGAUGUAACGAUAAGACAGGCCG